AUGUCAGGUCCCAGGAUUGCCUGUAUUGGUGUGAUCGGAAAGGCAGACAAUCCUCUUCACGUCUCCUUGUUUCCUCCCUAUUGUGAUUCUACGCUUGAAUUCUCUUUCUUGCUCAACUCCUGCCUCGACAUAUUUGACAUCCGGUGCAAGCACACCUCUAUUGAUCAGGAUCUUGGGCUUUUACAUGCAAUUGAUGAACGACUCGCUGCAUAUGGUUGGUUGACAACAACGGGGGUCAAGCUUUUGAUCAUUGUGGACGUGUUCGGCUCGGAAGAGGCUGGUAGUGCUGGGAAAACAGCUGGUCCUGCAAUAAGUGGCUUGAGGGAUUCUGACAUGAAGCCGGCAUUCCGAGCGUUGCAAAGUGCGUAUAUUCAGCUCUUGCAAAAUCCAUUCUACUCCCCCGACGAUCACAUACCGAUUCCUGGCAAUAAAGCUGCUUCUGGCUCGGUUUGCCAACAAAUAUCUAAUCAAAAAUUCAUUACGGAUGUGAAGCGUAUUGGUGAAUCAUGGGCACCCGGAAACGUG